AUCUAUCCAUCUAUUACUUUUUUUUUUUUUCUUUUUUUUCUUUCACAGCAGUUCCAACCCUCCUUCUGUCUCUCUUUCUCUUCCUUUGCCGCCCUCGCCACUAUUACCCAUCAGGAUUCUCAUUGCAUCCUCACUCCUCCAUGGCACAGUCCCAGCAGAGGAAGCCAGGUAGCUGGGACAAUGAUCAUUUGAUAAAUCUGUUCAUUUAUGAUUAUUGUGUCAAGCGCAACUUCCAUGCAUCCGCAGAUGCAUUCGCCACAGAUGCUCAGCUAGGAUCAGACCGCAAAGUUCCUUUUGAUACCCAAGAAGGAUUUUUAUAUGAGUGGUUUGUUGUGUUCUGGGACUGUUGGAGCGCUGGCCAAGCCCAACUCGGGACUGCAAGCAAGGAUGCUGUCACAUACAUGGAUCUUAAUCCCCUGAAUCGCCAGCUGGUACGGCCACUAGCACAAAUGCCACUUCAAAUGCGGGGUGUCUCGCAAACUCAACAAGCACAGCAAGCGCAAAAUCAACAGCUGUAUCAACUACAGCAACAUCAAUUACAGCAACAGCAGCAGCAACUACAGCAACAGCAACUACUACAACAGCAACAAGCGCAACAACAAGUGCAACAACAAGUGCAACAACAAGUGCAACAACAAGUGCAACAACAAGUGCAACAACAAGUGCAACAACAGCAAGCGCAACAGCAAGCGCAACAGCAAGCGCAACAGCAAGCACAACAACAGCAAGCACAACAACAGCAAGCACAGCAACAGCAAGCACAACAACAGCAAGCGCAACAACAGCAAGCGCAGCAACAAGCAGCACAACAACAACAAGCGCAACAACAGCAAGCGCAGCAACAAGCAGCACAACAACAGCAAGCACAGCAACAACAAGCGCAACAACAGCAAGCGCAGCAACAAGCAGCACAACAACAACAAGCGGCACAACAACAACAACAACAACAGCAACAGCAGCAGCCAAUCCAACAACAGCAGCAUCAGGUACAAGCACAAUCUCAGCCUCAACAACAGCAGCUCCAGCAACAGCAGCUCCAACAACAGCAGCAGCUCCAACAUCAGCAGCAGCUUCAGCAGCAACAACUCCAACAGCUUCAGCAGCAACAGUUCCAACAGCAACAACUCCAGCAACAGCGAAUUCAGCAACUUCAACAACAACAGCUACAACAGCAACAACUUCAACAGCAACAACAGCUUCUACAUCAGAAGCAACCGCAAGCCCAGCAAGGCCUUCAUAGUCAGCAGGCCCAACAACCGCAACAUAUCGGAAAUACGAUGCAGUCACCGCACGUCGCUCAUAUGCAGCCAUCGUUCUCCCAACACCAUCAGCAGCAGUUGUCGCAGACAGGGAUUAUAGGUAUCCAUGCCUCUCCGCAGUUUGCGGCCGCGCAGGCUACAGGUCAAGCGACUCCAAGCGACUCUGUACAAAUUGCCAACCAAAUCCAGAAAGCUCAACAAGCACGUGGGUCGGCGAUGAUGAGUCCGGUUCCCAAGAAUAUGUUAUCAAAACAUCAACAAUUUCUACAACAGCAGCAGCUUCUGCAGCAACAGCAGUCUCAGCAACCUCAGACACAAUCAAACCCAAUGACUCCACAGAUACAAGGACAGACUUUGGAUCAGCAUAAUAUGCUGUUGCACCGCCAAAAAACCCAUCCACAACAGUAUUUAAUGCAGAUGCAGCAAAUGACUGGGGCAAGAAAUACGGGGACGUCUCAGCCAGCGGAGCACGCAACUCCUGGACCUAACGGGGUAGAUUCUCUGAUGGAUUCUCCUCAGGAUCGUAAACGAAUCCGAAACAAUUCAAUAGGAGGAUUUUCGCCAGUCAUUAGCCAGGUGACUCAUGCAACACCAUUGCAGCACAAUGCUGCACUAAUGGCUGCCAAUGUAGGCUCGCCUAAUAUGAUUGGAUCACCCACAACCUCUAACGCGCAGCUUGUUACAGUUGCAUCAGAGAUACCAACCAAAGGGAAUAGAAGAAAGAAAGGCGUCAAGAAAGAACAGUCAGUAGAUCCUACUAUAGAUUCUACUACUCCUGCAGCUACACCAGGAACACAAUUCAGUAUGCCAGCUACGCCUGCCACCAACGGAUUUAGUAGUCCUAAUAUAACAAAUAUUCAACAGCUCCAUUCACAACAGCAGACACAGCAUACGCAAGUGCAGCAGCAAACUGCACAGCAUACAGGUCAGCCCUCACUCCAAUCACAGACACAACCACAGCCACAGGUCCCAGCUCAGGCUCUGUCUCAACCCCAAACUCAAGCUCAGCCUCAGCAGCAGCAACAAUUGCAACAACAGCAACAAGCUCAGCAAAUUCAGCAACAGCAACUCCAACACCAGCAGUUGACAAUGCAAAUGCAAAUGCAACUGCGUGCUCAACAAGCACAACAUCAGCAACACCUGGCAGCCGUGGGUGCAAUGAAUACGCACAUUCGCCCUGUUAUGGCGAACGCUCCGGUACGGCCAGGCGUGAGCCCGAUUAUGGGUGCUGCUGUUCCAACAACCAUUCAGUCUACGGUGGGAAACCCAGCGAGUGGGAUGGCGCCACAAUUUCAGACCCGUCAUUUACAACAAGCGCAGCAAGCGCAGCAAGCGCGUAUACAGCAUAUGCAAAUGCACUACCAAUUACAGCAGGCUCAGCAACAAGCGCAACAACAGCAGCAAUUGUAUGUACAACAACAACAAGCUCAGCAACAAGCUCAGCAACAAGUCCAGCAGCAAGCCCAGCAACAACAGUCACAGCAGCAGGUACCGCCUGGUCCACAAACACCACAAGAUACUACCCAAAUCAAGAGUGUACAAAGUCCAAUUCCUCAAAACAGUGUACCUAAUGGUUUACAUGCUCAGGUUGAUGUACUCACGGGUGCUCCUGGAACCACCCUCGGUCAGGAUGUAAAUCAUCAAAAUGUGUCGUCCCCUACAAGCCAGGCUAUCCGAGACCGUAUCAACUCGAUGCAAUCACCUAGUAACACCAGUAAUCCAACCACGCCCAUGAACACUGGAUCACCAACCGUGCGUGCUCGAGCGACGCAACAGCAGCUUCAUGCUCAACAGGAAGUGCAAAAGAAACAGCAGCAAGCUAUGCAGUGGAGUCGCCAACAGGCCCAGGGAGCAGCAGCAGCAGCGGAAAACGUAAAGCAUCAUUUACAGCGACAGUCCUCCAUGAUGGCGCAACAGCAACUUGGUGAGGACUUUGUGGGAUCUCCAAGUCUUGCGUCGCAGUCUACGACGUCAGCUACAAUCAUUUCCCCAGUUUCUGCAGGGUUGGAGAAUAUGUCGAUGAACACGGGGGCCGUAGAGGAGAUAAAGCCGAUCCAGCUCACAUAUAGCAGUGGAUUUGAGGACAUCAUUGACAAUGAUGGGCUACAGAUGGAUGGCAUGGGUAUAGAAGGAUAUGGUGCUAAUAUGUUUAAUUUGAGCAGGAGCGAAGGUUCGUGAUGAAGCGAGACUGACCUACAGUUGUCAUCUGCGCAUGAUUCACAGCUGCAGUUGUUUGGAAGUUUGGAGGGUCACGGGGGGAAAGUUAAUGCCUGCGCCUUUUCGUUUAAUGGGGAGUGGCUGGCCAGCGGAGGAAGUGACCGCAAGGUAUUGAUCUGGUCUGUGAUCAACAAAAAGCUCAAGUACACAAUCGAUCCUGGAUCAGAUGGU